GGUCACGUGAUGCAGCACAGACCGCGAGCAGGACUGCAAAGUUGUAGCCUCGCGCCAUUAACGAUGCCGAUGGCCUCCUCAGCUAAAACGUGAAGCUCUGGAUUGCUUGUGAGUUCAGCUUUGCGAGGGAAGUCGGUGAUGCGUAUAAAGCCUCCCCGCAGCUGGUGGAAAUCAUGAGAGUUUUGAACUUCCCGUAUCUGAAACUGCGGGAGGACCCAGUGACAUGGAACAGCCGGAACCCGCUUAUAAUAUUCCAUAUGGACGGAACACUGGGGACGCAACUGUACCAACGGCCCAGGGCACCCCGUCGCCUCUGAGGAUUGAUAUCGAGGAAGAUGCAAAUACCAAUUCCGAACUAUUAUCUGCUUGGAUGCUUAGAUUACAAACCCUCACUGUUGUCACCACUUUCCUCGUGUCUAUGGACUCACAAAUGUUCUCUUUGACUGCUGCUGAAAGCAGCCUGUCACGAAAUACUAGUCAAACUACUCAGCAAGUUGUACAUGCAUGUCUUUCUGGGGCUUUAGUGUUUCACUUGUGCGCCGCUAUCACCGCAUAUAUUGCCUCGUUUGCGCUUAUUCGUUAUAGGAUCGUCGAUGCAUCUCCCGAAGACGUUCAUCCCGGAAUUGACAGUCGCAAAACGAGUCCAUUGGGGGCUUGGAAUCUGAGUGCCCAACCUUCACCCAAGAAAAUCGUACUCGAAUCGAUCCGUCCACGGGAGGGAGCGUUGGUUGUAUUCCGUGCUCUAAGGCCAAACCAAAACAUGGGAAUCGGCUCGCGCUCCUCUCCUCCACCUCUAUCUCUCCUCAAGCAUUGUUACUACACGACGCUGUGCCAGACGGCGAUGGGUUUCAUUCUGGCACUCACUGGUUUCCUAUCAUAUUCCUGGGCAGGAUUCUCUGUCCAAGUGGGAGGAUUUUCAACUGUGUGCCUUGGCAUAGGCCUUGGUACAGGACUCUGGGCAAUUACUUCAUAGACGGCUGAGUACCUUCCUAACAUAAGAAUCUUCCUUUUUGUUCCCGGCACAUGUGCAGUAGUGUUUUCCGAACGGACAUUCAUCACUGGCUUGGUGAGUUUUCCCUGUGAUGUUGGUACCUGGAUUGCACCAAGGGCUGGAGCACACCUUCCUUUGCAACGAUCCGUCCUCACGUAAAUCACCCUUGCCUAUCCGGCUCGACCUUGUUUUGCCUGUUGUAUUGGUCCACAUGCGGUGCUUUUUAGUUGACCUAGAUCACUUUCACCGCAAUAGUUUGAAAGGGCACUGCCCAACCUCGAACUCCUCCCGUGUUGCAUUAUCAUGUACCUGAGACCACGACUGUUAGCAAUACCUAGAG